GCACUUACUUCUUCCGCACGCGAUAAACUUGUUCAAAUUUGUAUUCACAGUCUGUGAAAAUAUCAAACAGUGUCACCCAAGAAACAUCUACUGAUGAUGUUGGUGUUGAACAUUCUGCGGUUGUUGGUGAUCCUGGAUCUUGCAGAUAUAAGUUAUGAAAGUGGACCAAGUGUCAACGAACAUCUAGCUUCACUCAUUCUGAGCUACGAAACAGAGUAUUGUGAAUCAAGAUGUUUGCCGACCCUUGAAACCGAUAUUAUGGCCCCGUUUCCAGCAAACGAUAGCAUCUGCACACGUUGUUCCUGUGACGCUGAGUGUAGGGACUUCGGCGACUGUUGCCCCGAUCUGUACAUUGGCAAAGGCAAGUACGACCUAGAAUGUGUAGAGUUUUCUCAAGGCAUUUCUAAGGCCAUACAGAUCUAUGUGGUGACACAGUGUUCGCUUGGUGAUAAACAUUAUUCGGAAGAACUUUCCAGCAAAUGCAUCACUUCCACCCAGCUGCCAGUUUCCCUUCGAAGAGAAAAUGUGACGUCCUUAACAUUUAGAAAUAAAUAUUGUGCACAGUGCCAUAGUUAUGAAGAUUUUCAAACAUGGGACAUAGGUGUUGCAUGUGAACAGUUUCCAGAGGAAAUCAGCCACAUUUCUGAUCCAGUGGCUAUAUUUGACUUGUUAGAAAAAUCACCUUUGUGCAACUUUGAAUACCCUGUGCCACAAAACAUUUCGACCCGAAAAUGUCAUGAAAUGUCACCAAUUUCUGAGUGCAAUGUGACAGGGAUUUGGAAGACGUACAAUGCUUCUAUCGAGGCCGCCUGUCAUGCCUACAGCCACGUCACCAAGUCGGGUUAUCAGAAUAUAUUCUGCCAUAUUUGCAAUGAAGAUGCAAUAUAUAAAACAUCCAGUUCUCGACUUCCUGCGGCGGGCUUGCAACCAAUUAAGCCACUGACUGGAUUGCUGCAGUUUGAAGAAAGCAAUAUGAACACAGCUCCAAAUGGAAACUACUGCCCUCGAGGAGAAUAUCAGGAUACACUCACUGACCAAUGCCGUAGAAUUCUUUGCCCGCCGUUUCAACAGCUGAAGAACAGAGAAUGCCUGAACAUUUUCACGCAAAUUCCAUUUAAAACGUCGAGGUAUUUCAUUCGCCUUUACUUGGUCCCCGUCUUAGAAAAUCACAUAGACGCAGUCAGCUUGACCGAAUUGAAGCGUGUUCUGACAGACUAUUACACCUCACAAACGGACUUGAAAGCAACAGCGCUUCAGAAGAUGGUUAUCACGAUUUACACCAAGUCAUUUUAUGUUGAUGGGGGUUGCAGCGUCAUUGGUGACAUAAGUAUUGCCGAUAUUUCUCGCAUGGAGAUAACGAUAUAUGUUGUUAGUAACUUUUCUAUAGAAUAUCCUUUUGCGACUUUUGGUGAACGUUUAUCAAACCUGCUUUUUGGAGAUGUAUGUCUUCAUUACGAGGGGUUUAAUAUUUCCUUUCGUGCGGUGUAUAAAAGCAUGUUGCCCGUUACACAAACUGUAACAUAUCACACCUUAUCGUGUGUGUACGAGCCAUUUACUAUUGAAGUAGGUGAUUUUAAGGCAUUUCCAAGUGAGUAUGUGAAGCGUAACUGUCCUCAGAUUUUGUAUGGUCAAUCUGAGUAUACACUGAUGGCUGACGCUAGUGUACUUCUCAUCAAAACUAAGACACUCAUCGCAGGGGGAGACUUUACUGUAACCAACAGUUCUGAUAUUUUGGUAUGCCUAUCUACCCUUGAAGAUCUUACACUACCGCUGAACUACAAGGACAUGUACAAUGACACCAUGCGCAUUUCCAAUAUUGGCACAGAGCAAAGCUAUAGCGUGAUUACAAGUCUUUCAACUGUUUGUAUGUGUUUUAAUUCUUUAUUAAUCUGUAAUUUGGUGUCUACUUCCAACUUUUGACGCAACCUGGUGUAUCAGCUUUUUAUUAAAAAGGACUAUUUUGAUAUGAGAAUAUGUGGGCGUACUCAAACGUCAUGUCCUCACAUUGUUGACGCAUUUAACCUAUGAAAUGAUCCAAACAAAUAUCACGGAUAUAUGCAUGGAAUCUAUGAACUGUCAUAUUGAAAGAAGGGUGCGUAUGUGUGUACGUGUCUCUGCUGUCACGACUUUUCUUUUGAAUUGUGUGCUAACGCGCAUGCGUGCGUACGUCUGCGAGUAGUGGGGUGGUCGGGGCAAGGAAUACUCCGUCACUUGUUGAAAGUUGCUUCAGUAAGUGCUUUGUUUAGUGCAUUUUAGAAUCCUUAUUUCAAAUUCAAGCACUGAGAUAUGUUUUAGUGUCCCAGGCGAUGGGACAGGGUCUGUAAUGCUGUGUAGUAUUAUUUUCAUGUGCGAGUUUAAGCUUUCAUAAAUUUGGGUAUGUGAAUGUUGUAACUCCACAUUUAGCAAUAUUGAGCCCCACAGGGCUUUAGUUGUUGUUUAACACCAUAGACACUAAUAUUCCAGCGGCGAGAUGUAAGUAUCAAACCUGGACCAGACAAACCACUUGUUGAUAAUAUGAACAGCGUCCAACGUUGCAAUUCAGUCAAGUCACAGAACCUGGCCACUUGAUCCCCAUCUUGCGAGAAUCAUGAGGUACUGAGGACGACACUGGCUGACUGAACCUCACGUCUCUACUGACCUUAUCCUCCCCUACACACACACACGCACGCACGCACGCACGCACGCGCGCGCGCGCGCUUUCGUAACUAAAUUCCUUGUCCCAGUGGAAUGAUAUAAUGUGUGAUCAGUGGGCUAACCAAUAUUUUCAUCCCGUUGAGGACUCGUGUGCUCUGAUCGAAAAAUUGACGUGUGGUGGUGUUCUUGUUGUGUGUGCGUGCGUGCGUGCGUGCGCGUGUGUGUGUGCGUGCGUGCGUGCGUGCGUGCGUGCGUGUGUGUGUGUGGAUUCGUGUACUAACGCCGGUUUUAUAGUGCUCCAACUUCUGAGCGCCAGAUAGGGUUACAAGUACUAUCUUUCAGCGCCGUUUGGUAUGACGCGACCAUGGAUCGAACCACCAACCUUGCGCUCUCCGGGUAGACGCUCUAUACACUAGACCACGGAGGCGGUCUACAUGUACAGAACUCUUUACAUGAGUAACCAUUUGUGGUUAUUUGUCAAGUAUAUCUGAUACUCAGAUUCCUUUACUCUAUAUGCAUAAUAUAUGACACAACUGUAUGUUGAAUUUUUAUCAAUUUAGUAGCAUGCUAAUAAACAAAGCUUUGUUCCA